AUGUCCGGACGCGGGAAGCAGGGCGGCAAGGCGCGCGCCAAGGCCAAGUCGCGCUCGUCGCGGGCCGGGCUGCAGUUCCCCGUGGGCCGCGUGCACCGGCUGCUGCGCAAGGGCAACUACGCGGAGCGCGUGGGCGCCGGCGCGCCGGUCUACCUGGCGGCCGUGCUGGAGUACCUGACGGCCGAGAUCCUGGAGCUGGCGGGCAACGCGGCCCGCGACAACAAGAAGACGCGCAUCAUCCCCCGCCACCUGCAGCUGGCCAUCCGCAACGACGAGGAGCUCAACAAGCUGCUGGGCAAGGUGACGAUCGCGCAGGGCGGCGUGCUGCCCAACAUCCAGGCCGUGCUGCUGCCCAAAAAGACCGACAGCCACAAGGCGAAAGCCAAGUGAGCCCGAAAGUUUAAGCGGCACAUUUACUUUUCCUGCAAAAACCCAAAGGCUCUUUUAAGAGCCACCCACAUGGUCCUAAGAGAGCUGAGUUAUCCAAGCAAACAAAUCUUAUUUCAGCUUAAUUUUUAUUUUUUGGUGGAUAAAGUCGCAACGUUUUCCACAUUUUUGUUAACAAAGUCUUGCCAAAACGUCCACCUCUCCGUGCAACUUCGUCCUGGUACGGGAUAUUUUCCGUUUAGUUCUUACGUCUGAGAACAUACGGACACUAUUGGUUAUGAGUUCCUGUCCCACCUCCCUUUAUCCGCCUCUUUCUUCUCCGAGUGGCUGAUGCUGUUGCAGAGAUAAGAGGCGUAAUCGUCUUCGGGGAAGGGAGGGGGAAGGGCAGCGGGCCGGGAUUUCCGCUGGCCAAUCCUUGGGCAGGGCGGGCUUUUUCAAUACUUAGAGCAUUCUUUCUCAUCAGGAACAAAAGGAUUGGGAGAGAUCAGGGCUAUUUUUGUGUCCGUAAAGUAACCCUCCCCUCCUCCCCCCCCCCCAACAGACAAAGGCAUUUACGGAGAUACUUUAAGAGAAAUAAUUCAAUAGAUUUGACAUGGCUCAG